CGAGCCUCAGCUCUGAGCCAACUGCGCAAAGCGUCAGUAACUGCCGGACUGCGAAGGAAGUCUCUGGUCUGAUUGCGCGGUGGAGACGUCCUAAUCCACCCUCACAGUGGUCGUUUGUCGGAUUGAUGAAGAUUCCCGCACGAGCUUCUGGAGACAAGCCGGCAAGAACACCGUCAGGCCUGAAUUCCUCUCCGAAGCGCCUCCAUGUGUUAACCGUGCCACGGAGGAAGGCUACCAGGCAUGAAUGGAGGUUGGGAAGAUCCUUGGCCAUAAACUGGAUGGCGUAAAACACCUCUGGGUGCUCCCAGGGCUUCCCAUCCAACGCUCCGUCAACAAAGGAGGCCUCGGGGGAGAGAAUAAGCGGACCAAGAUCAAGAGCGUUGUAUCGGGAACCAUCCGGCUUGCAUCCUCGAACAAUGCGCAUGUAUGGGUAGCUGACACUAUUUGCAUAUAGGGAGAGGACGGCGAGCUCGGUGAUUCAGGCCGACCGUGGUCUUAUUGUACAUGAUAUGCGUCAGGAAUGCCAGGAUUUGCGGGAGAUGCACCAAAAUAAAGAUUGCACAGUCACAGUGCGACUGGAAUCGCGUGUUACUGGUGUCGGGACAGGCAACUUCGUACCCAAGCCACUGCUGGAAAUAGAGUCGAAAGACUGGUUAGCUUAACAGCUCCACCCUCUGACGCAUCAUUUGCAUGAUUGGACGCCUUGGAACCCUCCCCACCGUUUGCCGCCGCCGCCGUAUUUGCCUUGUUCAUCAGCUUGAUGGGCUCGGGUCCGCCGAUGCUUUGCCAGAACAGUUUCAUUGCCUGGCAGCCGCCUUUCACGGAGUUCAUCUCCUUGUGCAUACAGCACCCACACCAAACAAAAGCCUUCUGGACUGCGACCUCUUGCGGAGACAUAGAUGCCCAGCGAGUCUCUCCGAAAUGUUCCCAGAGCUUUCGGCAUACCUGCAAGACAAUCUCGAUAAAUUGAUGGUCUGCGCUCCGCAGUUCACACUUACCUCUGUAUCCUUAGCUUUCUUCUGCGCCUCAGAGAGCUUACUCCAUCCCUCGUUACCUCCAGCAUCCUGUAUCUUCUUGUUAUUGAACCAGACAAUCAUUGGCAUUGUCUCUUCCAUCCCCGC